ACAGAGUGCAAAAAAGUGCAAUAGACUUGUUCGCAACGUGUUCUCUCUCUUUCCACUACCUUCCUCUGCGCGCGUGAUCUCCUACCAACUUCACGUUACUUUCACUCUAGGUGACUGUAAGCCGUGUAAGCGGCCUUCAAGGAUCGGUGCGCGUUCUCCAAGUAUUAUCUAUUAACCAGUAUUAGAUAUAGCGUAUAACAAGGAGCAUAGCAGGGGCGUGCAGCCGAAAGUACUCCACUCGAGCGCGAGGCAGUGUCGCGUGGAACAUGGUAGCGUAACUGAUGCGGAACACCUCGGCACUUACGGCAUUUACGUCUGAGCGUCCGGUGCUUUCUGUCGCGACGUAAACGUCCCACGCGCUUGUCUCGCAACUAUCAGUUGUAUAAACACAAGUAACAAGUGCUGUAACUUGUACAGACACCUGUCGAACCUUCAGCGCAGGAUAACGCUACUUGAUAACCGCUUCGUAUCGAUCCGCCGUAAUAAUGGUAUAUUGGUUACCGAAGAAACGUGUCGUGAGAAGGGAAAUACUGUAAAGAAACAGUAAACCACUAACAGUCAUGAUGUCGAUGUACCUAUUAGCGCCGAUAGUACUGAUCAUCACCCUUGAGAUUUGGUAUAUGGGAAUAUGCUUAACUUGGACCAUGAAGAUAUCAUUGCUGCUAUACCUCAUUAUAUUUGGGCUUCUACCUGUAAUUUUUCAUUAUUCUUAUACUCUUCAGAAAAAGAUACUUUUUUUAAACUUUGUACAUUGGCCACUUAAAGUAGAGUUCAAUCCAAAAUUGGUUGGACUGGAAGGCGCUAGAAAUUUUUAUUUACAUACUGAUCAACAAGUAAAAAUAGGUGCAUGGCAGAUAUUACCCCGAUCCUUAUUAAAUAAUUCCAUUCCUGCAACGGAUGAAGCUUAUGAAGCAGUUUUAAGUAAUGCCGAGCAACCUGUGUUUCUUUACAUGCAUGGAAACAGUGGUAAUAGAGCAAGUUCACAUAGACUCGAGCUUUAUAAGCUUUUCCAAGACCUAGAUUAUCAUGUUAUAUGUUUUGAUUAUAGAAGCUAUGGUGAUAGUGAUGUAGUUGAGCUCUCCGAAGAAGGUGUAGUUAUGGACAGUAAAUAUGUUGUUGAGUGGGUGUUGAAAAAAGUUAAUGGUUCUGCUCCAGUUUUUGUUUGGGGUCAUUCUCUAGGAACCGGAGUGUCUACGCAUGUAUUAGAUCUGCUAGCAGCUGAAAAUAUACAACCAACAGGAUUGUUUCUGGAAGCACCAUUUAAUAACAUACAGGAUGAAUUAACGGAACAUCCAUUUGCACAAGUAUUCAAGCACUUACCAUGGUUCCAUUGGAUGGCAGUUGAACCAUUUUAUAAGAAUAAUCUGCGAUUUGAAUCUGAUAACCAUAUUACUAAGAUUACCUGUCCUAUUAUGAUAUUACAUGCUGAAGAUGAUGGUGUAAUUCCAGUUUUUUUGGCGGAAAAGCUUUACCAAGCAGCAUUACAUAGUUUUGGGAAUAAUACAGAUCGUAUUCAAAUGAUAAAAAUAGAUUCAUCCUAUGGACUUGGACAUAAAUAUAUCUGUAGAUGGAAGGAAUUGCCUAGUAUAAUUAAGACAUUUAUUAUCAAAGCGGAAAAUCGGACUGAAUAAUACUCGUCUAGAUUAGAAAAUAAAAAAA